AUGGGGAAAGCUCAACACGAAGAUAAUAAAGUCAAACAAAAGACAAGUGAGUUCAGUUUAGUUCGGGUCAAAAGUACAUGGAAGCGCAGACUGGGAAAGAAGUUGAACAAGGACACAGCUGGUUGUGUCUCUGCAGCAAAGAUCUAUGAGAGCGUCACAGAGAAGGGCACCACUUGGACAGUGGUCAGCCCCAUCACUUUCACUUACAAGGUAACUGAGACUCAGGGCUUGCUGGACCCAAGCAACGACACCCUCCUACUGGGACACAUCACCGACCUGCAGCAGCUGGAGGACAUUAAAAAGUCAAACAAGCCAAUCAAACGCUUUGUGGUCACCGACCAGGAAGUCUACAAAAUCUACGGUCCCAAGAUAACCAAAUACUUUGAGGCCAACAACGUCUUGUACAAGAUCUUGGCUCUACCUACCACUGAGGAGAACAAAUCUAUGGAAAUGGCCCUGAAGAUCCUAGAUGAAGUCAACAACUUCUCACUCGACCGCCGCACAGAGCCCAUCAUCGCCAUUGGUGGAGGAGUGUGCCUGGACAUCGUGGGCCUGGCUGCCUCACUCUACCGGAGGCGCACCCCUUACAUCAGGGUCCCGACCACACUGCUGUCCUACAUCGACGCCAGCGUAGGGGCGAAGACGGGGGUUAACUUUGCAAACUGCAAAAACAAGCUGGGAGCCUACAUUCCACCUGCUGCGGCCUUCCUCGAUCUGUCGUUCGUACAAACUGUUCCUCGGCGACACAUCUCCAACGGGCUGGCAGAAAUGUUGAAGAUGGCCUUGAUGAAGCACAGAGGCCUCUUUGAGCUUUUAGAGAACCACGGCUGCAUGCUGCUGGACACUAAAUUCCAGGCCGACAACUGUGCGUAUGGGUGCAAGGCUGCAUCACAGGCAACUCGUAUAGCCAUCACCACCAUGCUGGAGGAGCUCGCCCCUAACCUUUGGGAGGACGACCUGAACAGACUCGUGGACUUCGGCCACCUUAUCAGUCCAGCGUUAGAGAUGGAAGUUCUCCCAUCUCUGCUGCACGGCGAAGCAGUGAACAUCGAUAUGUCGUACAUGGUUUACGUGUCCCAAGAGAGUGGUUUACUGACUGAGGAGGAGAAGCAAAGGAUCAUCAGCUGCAUGGUGGGUCUGGAGCUGCCGGUCUGGCACGAGGCGUGUACCAUGGAGCUCAUACAGAAAUCCUUGCAGGACAGGCUGAAACAUUCUGGCGGUCUGGUCCGAAUGCCUCUGCCUGUUGGCCUCGGGCAAGCAGAAAUUUUCAACAACACAUCGUACGAGAUCCUGCACAGAGCUUACAAGAAGUGGUGUGACGAGCUGAGCGUCUCCUCUGACGGCAGCAGCGACCAUUAA